AUGGAAGUAAAACCAGUGAGUGUCAUCGAAAACCAGAUAUCCAUUACUCCCACAGCAUAAUAAUAAUAAUAAUACUAAAAAUAAUAAAUAAAAGAAGAUAUUAUCGUUGAUACUAAAAGGAGGAAAGAAAAAAUGUCAGGACCAAUCUCACAGGACUGGGAGCCGGUGGUGAUCCGUAAGAAAGCUCCCAACGCCGCCGCCAAGAAGGAUGAGAAGGCCGUCAACGCCGCCCGCCGCGCUGGUGCUGAGAUCGAAACCGUCAAAAAAUCAACUGCUGGUACAAACAAGGCCGCUUCUAGCAGCACUUCUUUGAACACAAGGAAGCUCGAUGACGAAACAGAGAACCUUACUCAUGACCGAGUGCCAACUGAACUGAAGAAAGCAAUUAUGCAGGCUAGAAUGGACAAGAAACUUACCCAGGCUCAACUUGCACAGGUGAUCAAUGAGAAGCCCCAGAUAAUUCAGGAGUAUGAAUCUGGAAAAGCCAUUCCUAAUCAGCAGAUUAUAGGAAAACUGGAGAGGGCUCUUGGUGUGAAGCUACGGGGAAAGAAGUAGGAUUUGAAACACAGCAAGGAGCUAUAAAGUUGUUCUCUGCUGUCUCUAGUCUUGGAAUCGGUGGUGUACAUGAACCCUUUCAACCUUUGUUAUGGCUCGCUUGUAAGAAACAGUUUAUUUGACUGGUGUGAUGACUUUGAAUUUGGAUUUGGAUUUGCCCCC